AUGGCCCGUAGGACAGUUUACGAUCAGGCUACCACCGGCUUCGCCGGUGGGAAUUCCCCCAUCACCCUUCCAGAGAUCCCGAACGAUCAGUCUUGGCAUAUUCCAUCCUACAUUAUGACCGCCAUCACAAAUUCCUGCCAGUUCCAUGGUCGUGACGACGAGGAUGCCCCCGCUCAUAUCAAUCGCAUCACUCGUCUCUGCAGCACCUUCUCCAUUGAGGGUGUCAAUCUUGAUGCUAGGUAUCUUCAGGUUUUUCCGUUCCCACUCGCUGGAUGCGCAACCGUCUGGUUCGAUUCCCAGCCAGCUGGCACUUUCACUACUUGGGCAGGCCUUCGCGAUGCAUUCUUAGCCAAGUAUUUUCCGCCAGCCAAGGCGUCUCGCCUUCGUGACCAGAUUCACUCAUUCCGUAUGGAGCCCGAUGAGCCGUAUCACUUAGCAUGGGAGCGUUUUCAGACCCUGAUUACCUGUUGUUCUCAGCAUGGUCUAUCUGAUUGGGCGUUAGUAGAGAAAUUCUACAAUGGUCUUACUCCUGAGAUUAGAGCUCGCUUCGAUACUUCAGCAGGAGGUCAGCUUAUGGGAAAGAAGACAGUGGCGGAGUGCAAUGAUUUGUUUGAGAGUUUUGCCCACUCCGAUAUGGACUACAGUACUACCAGCAGGACUUCCAUUCCUGUGCGUACCACCUCGGCCGGUCGAGGGGUAAACCAAGUUAGCUUGGAUCCAUCGGUAGCUGUUGUAGUCAAGAAUUUGAGGCAGGAGUUGAGGCAGGAGAUGAGGCAGGAGUUGAGUGAGAUAAAGAAGAAAGUUGACAGGUGUGAGGUUUGCCGAGGAAGGCAUGAUACUAUAGAUUGUCCUACCAUCACUCUUGAGCAGGUAGAGUACAUAGCCGGUCAGUCUAGGGGUCCCACGAAUCCGUUCAAUAAUUCUAACUCCAGCUGGCGCGGUAGUGGUAAUUUGAGUGGUUAUCGUUCGUCUGGAAAUCCUCCCGGAUUUCCAUCUGGUCAGUAUCAGAGUAGAGGGCCCGGUAUUUACACGAGUUCUAGUUCAGGGCAGUUUAGUGGGUCAGGUUCGAGUGGGCAGUUUUCGAGUGGAGGACCGACUCAGGAGAGUCAAGGUAGUGGAAAGGCUCCCGAGGUUAGUACGAACAGGUUGGAGGAGAUGUUUGCCCAGAUGAUGACGCAGACCCAGUCGUUCAUGAAAAAUCAGGAGCAGACUAACAAAAAUCACGAACUUCAGCUCAAGAGUCAGCAGGCCACUCUUCUCGAUCUUCAGAGAACAGUAGGCGGGCUUGCUAAGCAGUUACAGGAGCACCCACCGGGUCAGUUUUCGGGAAACACCUUCACGAAUCCCGCGAAUCAGUCAGCGAAGGCGAUUACAACCCGUAGUGGGAAGAGUUUGGGAGAGGUUGUGAGAGAAGGAGAGGUUGAAGAAGUAGAGGCAGAAGUUGAUGAGGAGAUCGAGAUAGAGGCUCCAGGCAAGGUGCACACGAGGCUAGCCCCAGCAAGUACCGCACACGCCGAGGAGUCGCCAGUAGAGAAGAGAGUGGAGAAGCAGCCGACGAAGGUUCGGCCUGCACCGGUGAUUGAUUAUUCUCACCUUCCGUUCCCCGCCCGUGCCAGGCAGCAGAAAUAUGCUCAGGAGUACGGGAAAUUCCUUGAGAUGUUUACACAGUUGAAAUUCAAUCUUCCGUUCAUCGAGGCGCUUCAGUCUAUGCCUAAGUAUGCGAAAUUUCUCAAAGAUAUUUUGAAGCGUAAGGAGAGAAUCGGUGAGCUUUCGAAUAUUCCGUUGACAGGAGGUUGUUCCGCGGUAGUCUUGAAUAAGCUACCAGAGAAAUUGACCGAUCCUGGUACUUUCAAGAUUCCAUGUUUCUUUGGGGGAGCCGUUACCCCUGCUCACGCCUUAGCCGAUUUAGGGGCCAGCAUCAAUCUGAUGCCAUUUUCGUUGUAUGAGCGACUUGGUCUAGGAGAGCUUACACCCACGCGCAUGUCAUUGUCCUUGGCUGACCGAUCAGUCAAGUAUCCUCGAGGGAUAGUAGAGAAUUUGUUGGUGAAGGUUGAUAGGUUUGUGUUCCUAGUAGAUUUCGUUGUGCUCGAUAUGGAGGCCGAUGAGAGAGUUCCCAUUAUUCUAGGCCGUCCAUUCCUUCGAACCGCAAAGGCGAUCAUUGACGUCUUUGACGGUAAGAUUUCUCUUCGUGCGGGUGACGAGAUUGUCACAUUCGAGAUUGAUAGAGCGAUGCAGCAUCCUAGCGGUCGUGAUGAUGAUAGUGGGCCGUGCCAUUCCGUUUACUUUCUCAAUUCAUUCAUAUCUUGCGUCGACACGUGUCUUGAGUACAUUAAUGGAGCCGAUUUAGUAGGCGAGCGAGUUGUUGGCGAGCAUUCUGAGGGUGAAGUUGAUGAGGUAGAGGAGGAGCAGUUGGAUGAGAGUGAUGAGUUGAGUGCUGAGCCGUUAGAGCUCGAUGAGAUUAGUGAUGAGAGUACUCCUGUAGAGAUUCCACCGCCUUUAGAACUUAAGGUUCUUCCAUCCCAUCUCGAGUCAACAUUUCUAGGAGAGAAGCCGAAUAUGCCUGUCAUCAUCUCUUCGAAGUUGACAGAGGAGGAGAAGGCGAGGUUGAUUGAGGUGCUUAGAGAGCACAGUGAUGCGAUUGCCUGGAGGCUAUACGAUAUCAAGGGCAUUAGCCCUACUUUUUGCACGCAUCGCAUUCUGAUGGAGGAUGUUUAUAAGCCUGUAGUGCAGCCGUAG